UUCACGAUCUCCUUUGGACGUUAUAACUUUGUUGUGUCCUUGAAUUGGUUUACUGCUCUUGCAUUAUUAUUUUUUGUUUCAUAUGAUUGAUUGACAAACUUGAAGCUCAUGCCAGUCAAGGAAAUGGCGAUUGGAAGUUUGCUCACAAGAUCUCUCACGGUACGUUGUAAACUUCGAUUUGCCUCCGCACGAUUUCGACGAUAACCAGCGGUUGCGUCUUUGGAAUCCGGGUGAAAAACCAACCAGUCGAGGUAAAAACGCUGGAGUUUACUUUCUCUAUGUAUAUUCAGGUGAUUGCCCACCUGAAAUAGAUAUGCAGUGGCUGAGUUCUUCCAAGGAGAACGAGGCCAAUGCGGCCGGUCUUGGAACAGUCCAAACGAUGCUUCGUCCCGCAAAGCUCCAAGGCAAUCAUCGGCGUGCCCGAGGCGAGAAACCUCGCUAGAACGAUGCCCAAACAUUGUUUUCGUUCGGAACGAGAGGUGGAAGAGAAGAAGAUGAUGAAGAUGGACUACUCCAGCAAUCCCGACACUCUCAUCCCCGGCCUCAGGGACUCGCUCGCGUUGCAGUGCUUGGCUCGAGUGCCUCGGGCGUACUAUCCAGCGCUGCGGCGAGUCUCACGGAUGUGGCAAGGCACGCUUCUCGGCAGGCAGCUGUUCAAGCUCCGCAAGGACCUCGGCCUCCAGGAGCCAUGGAUCUACGUGCCUUUCAGCUCGAGCUCCACCUGCAGCAGCUGGCUGGAAGCCUACGAUCCGGUGGAGAACGUGUGGCACGACAUCGGCACCAUUCCAAGCACAAACCCGGGCGAAGUUCUCAAAUGCUUCGCGAUGGUGCACAUCAAGGAGCGGCUCUUCAUCAUCGGCGGCAAGAUCAGCAGCAAAGAUGGUGGAGACCUCUACACGUCGCGGAAGGUCCGGGCCUUGAACACCAUCACAGGAAAGUGGAGCCAGUGCGCGAGCAUGUCGGUUCCUCGUGUCGACUUUGCAUGCACGGUGUGCAACGGGGUCAUCUACGUCGCCGGCGGGCGCACGGGCCUCAGGCACGAGAGAGGGAUCGAUCUCGCCGAGGCCUACGUCCCAGCGCAGAACGCAUGGAUUCCUCUCCCGGCCAUGAACAUCGCCCGCUACAAGUGCGUGGGAGUUACCCUGGAGAGAAAAGUCUACGUCAUUGGCGGCUUCGCGCUCGCGGGAAGCUCGUCCGGCAUCAACGAGGAAGAUGAUUCUCUGGAGAACGACGACGCGGAGACGAUGAGAUACUGCUGCUCGCCUGUGGACCGGAGCUCCGUGGACGUGUUCGACCCGGCGAUGGGAAGCUGGGGGCUGUCUCGAGCGAUGUGGCAAGUUGACGUGCCUCCCAACCAGAUCGUCGCGGUGGAGGGGGUGCUCUACAGCUCCGGGGACGUGCUGAGCGCCUGGAAGGGACGUGUGGAGCAGUACGAUCGUGGGCUCAACAUAUGGAAGAUUGUGAAUGGAUCGCAGCGGCUCCAGCCCGUGUCGAGGGCCGAGAACAGCAGGUUCUGGGAAUCAUCACGCAAGUGGCAGCAGUGCUACCUCACCAUGGCACAGGUGGGGAAGUCAUCACUCUACUUCAUUGGUGGCUACAGGAAAGCUGGUCAUGAUGACGAAGGAUCUGGCGAAAGCUACACCAUGAGCGACCGAGGAGUCGCCUUGGAAGUCGUGAGCGUUUUCGAUACGAGGGAAGGGAAGUGGCGCAGCACGGAGACGUCGUCCAUGGCUGGGAAGGAGCUUUGCAGCCACUGCUGCACGUUAGAGCUCUAA